CUGCUAUUUAUGGGGUUUUAGAAAGCUCCGUUGAAUGUAGGACGUUACGGUAUGAUGGCUGCCAUGGUAAAUAACGAGAUUUGGAUAGCUGGCGGCAUAAUCGAAACGAAAACGAGAGCAUCCGACAGCAGAGAUGGUUUUAUCGCUAGUACAACAACACCAGCGGAUAUGAAGGCUCUGGGUGGUGGCGAUGGCGAUGGAAUUGGUGGUGGCGUUAAUGGCGCGGCAAAGGGCGUCAAUGGCAAUGCUGACAGUUUUGCUGUCGAAGCAACAAAAAGUGCAGUCGUGGAUGUAAUCACCGAUUCGAUGGAGUAUUAUAGUUUGAAGUGUGCUUAUGGCAGUAGCGGCAAUGACGAACACGCUACGGAUAUACGCUUGCCUAAAGUCAAUGAUGUAGAUGGUGAUGCGACUAUUGCUGCUGUGGGUGGUGAUGAUGGCGUAGGUGGUUGCACGCUGUCCACUACUAUGAAGAGAUGUGGUGCUGGCAUUGAUGGCACACGAUGGAUUAAAGCAAAUCAGCAUUUGCGUAUACCACGAUUAUUUGGAAAAUUCUGCAGACCUUCUGAGAAUGAACUGUAUCUCGUUGGCGGAAUCGGAUUUAAUUCAGAUAAUGUUUUAACUUCCUUGUCGUCAGUGGAUCAUUAUAACUUUGUUGAAGGCCAAUGGCAUCAUUAUGGUGAUAUUAAAUGGGCCAGACACGGUCACGAUAUCACCACCCUUAAUAAUCGAAUUGUAAUUAUUGGAGGCGUUUCUACUAUCAAAAAAUGUACACUGACUAAGGUGGAAUCAUUUUGCAUGAAAACACGCCGAAACUUUAAGGAUCUGCCAGAAUUACCAUGGCCUUUGUCUGGAAGUGCUGUACUCGCUUUGGAUUGAUUUGUUUUUAUGCUGCUGC